UCUACGAAAAUGAAAUGAAUUUGAAAUGAAUCUAUAUACAGAAGAUAAAGUUCAAAUUUAUAUCCAUUGCAUGUGCGUGUAAUUAGGGCUCCUUAAAUUUCUUUGGCACUCAGGUCGAUUGUUUGAGUGGAUUUACCCAAAUCCUGCUUUGGGCAUCUGAGGACGUGAAAGUGAAAGCUUGAUAAGAAGAGGGAAGUAAUAAAACUUGAUUGUCUUAAGGGAACAUUUGAAAUGGCUUUGGGUGGAGGUGGUCCACAGAGAGGAACUGCUGCAGCAGCAGCUGCUAACAUGCGUCGGAGGAGAACAACUGGUGGUGGAGCCACUGGUGGGGCUAGUGGAACCAUGCUCCAGUUCUACACUGAUGAUGCUCCUGGACUCAAGAUUUCUCCCAAUGUUGUGCUUGUUAUGAGCAUUGGAUUCAUAGCUUUUGUUGCUAUUCUCCAUGUCAUGGGUAAGCUCUACUUUGUUCGUAGAGAGGCUUAAGAUAAGAGGUUGAAUGGUUGAUGGCUAAUAAAAAUAUGAAUUGCUUCCUCAAAAUGCUUUUGGUGCGAUUUUUUUUUUUUUUUUUUUUAAAUAGAUUUUUCGAAUGGUCGUGAUGAAUAGAUACCUAGGAUUUGAGUAAUUUAAUGGAAAAUUGUGUAUUUUGGCAGUGUUUAUUCUCAAGUAUCUUGAAUUGUUUACUGAAUCUGGAAGAAGUUUUUGGAUAUCGUCUUCUUCA